UGGCAGAAGUGUUUGGGUUGAUGAGAUGUUUAAAGAAAGAGACACUAAAUCGGAAUUCAUACUUGUUGAUGAAUUGCUGAGCAGAAGUGAUGAGGAAAAAUUCCGGCAGUAUGCCAGAAUGACUCCAGACCAGUUCUAUUAUUUAUUGCAACAAUUAACUCCAGUGAUCCAAAAACAACACACAAAUUUCCGAAAGCCCAUUAGUCCAAAGCAGAGAUUAAUCUUAACCCUGAGAUUUUUGGCAACUGGAUCUUCACAAAAACAACUUUCUUAUUCAUUUCGAGUGGGACAUACAACUGUUGGAUUGAUUUUAAAGGAAACAUGUUCUGCUAUUUGGAAUGUGCUUGGACCAAAGUAUGUUAAACCACCAACUUCAGAAGAUUGGAUAAAGAUUGCUGAGGACUUUGAACAAAUAUGGAACUUUCCCAACUGUCUCGGUGCUUUGGAUGGCAAACACAUUAGAAUAAAGAGCCCACCAAACAGUGGUUCCGAGUUCUACAAUUAUAAAGGAUAUUUUUCAAUAUCCUUUUGGCAUUAUGUGAUGCUCAUUACAGAUUUAUACUGGUCGAUAUUGGAGAUUCUGGACGUCACAGCGAUGGGGGUGUAUUUCUAAACUCAGAAAUGGGGAAAAGAUUUGACAAGAGUAUGCUUGGUGUUCCUUUUCCGACUAAAGUUAAAAAAUUCUUCUUUUAUUUGUCCAUAUGUUGUUGUUGGGGAUGAUGCCUUUCCUCUCAAGAAGUACCUCAUGAAACCAUAUCCAGGGAAGUUCUUGCCCACAACAAAAAACAUGUUUAACUAUAGAUUGAGUCGGGCACGCAGGGUCGUUGAAAAUGCUUUUGGAAUUUUAGCUGUUCGCUGGCAAAUUUAUUAUAACAUGCUCAAUUGCAGCCCUAAUCUUGCAGAAAACGUUGUACAAGCAAGUGUAGUUUUGCAUAAUUUUCUGCAAAGUUCAACAGUUGCAAAACACAACUAUGGAGAUGUGGGUCUAAAUUCUGGUGAUUGUGUCGAAGGUUCUUGGAGGCAAACCGUUCCAAACCUUAUAAAUUUUCAUAGAAUUAGGGAUAUUGGCUCCAAUUAUUAUGGCAAUGAUGCAAGAUUCAUUAGGGAUGAAUUAUGUAAAUAUUUUAAUACAUCUGGUGCUGUGCCAUGGCAAUGGACAAUUGGUCAACAUAAUUGAAGUGUCUUUAAUUUUUAUGGCAAUGAUGCAAGAUUCAUUAGGGAUGAAUUAUGUAAAUAUUUUAAUACAUCUGGUGCUGUGCCAUGGCAAUGGACAAUUGGUCAACAUAAUUGAAGUGUCUUUAAUCAUUAAUUAAAAUCUUUGGAUGCUUUCAGUUGUUCUUUUCUUUCUUUAAUUCAACUUUGUUUUCAGACUGUACAGUAAUUA